AUUUGAUUCCACGCAAGGUAGAAGACGAAGGCCAUUUUGCAGAGAGAAGAAGUGGCUGGAAGCCCUACCCCACAGCCGACAUGAGCCUUCCGCCAUUACAAUUCGUACAGGCCACCUUCUUCGAUACAUAGCUAUCAAUCCAUUUUCGUUUUGCCAUAUCCACACCCAAUUUAAGUUUCAAACGCCUUCUGUUAAUGGGAAACGCCCAUGGCCACCGCAAGCAUUUCAACCAUGGUGUAAAUUCCUCUCCAUCCACUAACGCUCAUUCUCCCUCCAAUAAAUACGCGCCAUCUGGAUCAGCUCCUCCAAUUUCGACCUCCACGGCUGAGAUGGAGUCCUUGCCCUAUGCCCUCGUUGAUUCGAGACUUCGUGCCCUUGCCGGUCAGGCCGAGGGAUUUGGCCGCGCUGCCAUUGGUGGUCUCCAUGGUUCUGUUUAUUGCGUUACUAAUUUGGAAGAUGAUGGUCCGGGAUCACUUAGGUUCGGAUGUCGUAUGAAAGAGCCUCUUUGGAUUAUCUUCGAAGUUUCGGGCACAAUUCACUUGUCUUCGUAUUUGAAUGUGUCAUCUUUUAAGACUGUAGACGGUCGUGGUCAAAGGAUAAAGCUUACAGGAAAGGGAUUGAGGCUGAAGGAAUGUGAGCAUGUGAUUAUUUGCAAUUUGGAGUUUGAAGGUGGUAGAGGUCAUGAUAUUGAUGGAAUUCAAAUUAAACCGAAUUCCCGCCACAUAUGGAUAGACCGAUGCAGCCUCCAAGACUACGACGACGGGUUGAUUGAUAUCACCCGGGGAAGUACAGAUAUCACUAUUUCUAGGUGUCGUUUCUCACGGCAUGACAAAACAAUGCUCAUUGGAGCCGAUCCCUCUCACGUUGGCGACCGAUGUAUCCGUGUAACUAUCCACCACUGUUUUUUCGAUGGUACACGUCAGCGACAUCCACGUGUUCGAUAUGGUAAAGUACAUCUUUACAAUAAUUACACCAGAAACUGGGGGAUCUAUGCUGUCUGUGCUAGCGUAGAAUCACAGAUACACUCUCAGUGCAACAUAUACGAAGCGGGUCAGAAAAAGGUGGCGUUCAAAUAUCUAACUGAGAAGGCAACAGACAAGGAAGAACCUUCAAGUGGGUGCAUAUGGUCUGAGGGAGAUUUAUUUGUAAGUGGCACUCAAAGUGGGCUGCUGGCUGCCACCGCCGGACAAAGCAUGUUUCAUCCUUCAGAUCAUUACUCUGCUUGGACUGUGGAACCUCCCACCGAUGCUCUGAAACAGAUACUCCAACAUUGUACUGGUUGCCAAAACAUCCCUAGGCCCUGUGAUCUGCCACUGGUACCUUAGUACAUUAUUGAAAUCCUCUAAAUUUAGUUAUAGGUCCCUGAACUUGUAUGGAUUUUCUUUUUUUUAUUCCAGUCCUUUGAUGUUUUCAGAUUUCUAUUUAGUCCUUUUUUUUAGUUCCCGUGUAAAUCCGUUGUGUUUAAUGUUAUUAUUUAUACUCGUUGUAUCCGUGUUGUC